AAUGGAGAUGGCGUCGGCCGCAAGCAGAACGAUACUGCUCCUAGUGGGCGUAAUCUUUGGUCUGAUGCCUCACCCCACAGUGGGGCAUCUCUGCAUAAUAUCCCCUCACCAGCGCGGUCCACUUGAUGUCUCGCACUCUGGAAGUCACACGUGCUUCCGCCAUGGCGCCCCCUGUGGUGGCAUCUCGCCACAACAACCACUCACCACGUACAUCGGAGGCUCCACUAUCUUCGUUACCUUCCAGCAAAACUAUAACCACUACGAAGUGGGAUACCCCGGUUAUAUGGACAUAGCACUUGCCACCAGCAGUUCACCCGAUGCGCACUUUGAAAUUGUCGGUGUCUUUGGCGACGUCAAUGAGCAUGCACAGGACCAUCAGCAGAACUACUCAUUACCCGUUGAUCUUCCUGAUAUUGACUGCUCCAACUGUGUGUUGCGGGGCCGGUAUGUGGCUCACAAGCCUGGUGAGAGGACUUUCUACCAGUGCUCAGACAUAAUCAUCAAAUCCUCUCGGGCGGUGAAGGCCACUGAACUCCAACGGAACCAGGUCUACCGACCACAGGGCCAUACAGAGCCCAUCCGUCCACCGUCGGUCCCCGCUGCCAAAAUUCCUCGAUUUCUGCGAGCGGGACCGUACGCGCCCCUGCUGUACGGUUUUGCCUGGGACCCGGAGAAGUCCGGGAGUGUUUUCGUGACGGUAAACACCGUCACCGGUGAAAAACAGAAGAUUUCACCCAUGUACUUUGGUCUGGGCUCGGGCAUCCAGUAUGGAACCCCAUCGCCAAUGGCACAAUCGAACAAAUACGUCAUGGACCAGAUUGCUUGUUUCGACCGGGAGAUGCCGUAUCUCAACCUGCUGGAACACCGCAACGGAGGUCUUGACGCUGUCCCCAACAAGCUGCUUUGGAUUGACAUGGUGACGAGGGAGAUCGCUGGGGAAUACGAGCUGGAUACGCCUAACCAUUUGCCUAUAAUCAGUCUAGUACCCUACCUCAGGCAGUUGUACCUGGCAGUUCAGAUAAAGGAGAUGUACCCACAGUCAGAGAACUUCACCUUCUUGUAUGGCACUUUGAGUUACAUGGGGCACUUUGAACAGAUCCUCAACACCAGCCAAACGCCCGAGCACGACUACGUGAACUACCUGUGGGCAACGCUCAACUACAAGACCAAGGUACACUACAUGUUGAUCGGCAACGAGAACUCACCGGACGCACUCAAGGCGAAGAUCUACACGCUGAACGUGGCAUCGAAAGAUCUGACAGUUAGACAGCUUGAUGUGAGCGAGUAUACGAUCAGUGCCAUUCAAGUCUACGAGAAAACAGGCGAACUGUUCGCCAUGUCACCGGGUCUGUUUGGGAAGCCCUACCCAGCCUGGACCCUCGUUACGGUGGAUCCCAGCACCGGCGCGAUCAAGAAGAAGUACCCGGUCGCUCCUGCUGGAGUAUUUCAGCAAUACUAUGGCGGGACCGUCUUCAACAUAGACCAAGAUUCCGGCGUCUUGUACUACGUCCUGCGUAUCGCCAACUCAAGGAGUGACGUCAUUGCUUCCGUCUGCCUGGACACCGGUAAAGUGACCUUCUCCAGGCUCACUGACCUGCGAAACAUUUACAACUUAGCCUUCUACAAGAACUGAAAUCACAAUCACAAUGCGUGAAAUUUGGAAAGUUGUGAUUGGCCAACGCGUUGCAAACUCUUGGGGGCGCACUAUUGUGAAUCGCCCGUAUUAAAACUGCAUGUUGGAUACAUGUGUGAUGAUAAGACCCUUAAAGACUAUUAACUCUUUAGUAAAUGGACCAACGAUUUCUAUUUCUAUCGUUAUUGCGGGAUUGUCAUUUGAUUCAAAUAACUAGCAUAUAGAUAUCUUACGUGUAAUUUUGCCAUAGUGCAGUUUAUUCAGUAUAAUAAUAUUCUCUACCUCAAAGCUUCCCACUAAAGGAAAGCUAAGUCGAACUACGGAGCUCUUGACGUGCCGUCCGACUUGCUGACAUCCAGAUAUAUUUUAUCUCAGGGAGAAGACAUACUGCAAGCAUGAAAUCGACAUCCUGUGUUAAUUCAUGACGAAAUUAAGCCUUUUUCAUAUAAUUUGGCACAGGAUAACAACGUCCUUAUUAAAGGAAGUCGACAUUAAGAGAUAACGCGAUCAUGAUAUCUUGAAGUAAGAUGGCAAUUUCCUGAUGAUUAUUUUUUAAGUGGGAUGGCGACAUCCCACUUGCAGGGUGUCAUUAUCCCGUGAUCAUCAUGUCACGAUGUCGUCAACCUGGGGUACAUUAUCUCAGGAUGUCAUUGUAUUUCAGGAUGUUUCCAUCCUGUAAUAAAUCAUCUCAAAACGUCGACUUCUUUCGGGAUGUCUCCAUCCUGUGAUAAAUUAACCCAGGAUGUCGUAAUGCCGUUAUAAAUCAACUUGGGAUGUCAACAUCUCGUCUGUUAUAAUGUUGUCAUCCUGAAAUAAAAUUCAUGUGGGCCUUGUUUGUUUUGCAUAAAAUCUGGAUAACGAUCGGUGAUCCGUCGUUGGUGUUUUUCGGACACAAAAACUCACUUAAUGGUUGGUGCGAACCCACGUUAGGAUCACUGAUCGAGAUUCAGAUCCGUAUGAAACAAACUUGGCCAUAUAUCAGGAUCCCAACACAUUGGAUGGUACUUCCAGAGCUUCGUACAUCGCAAAAACUCUGGUUAUAAAAUCAAAACUUUUUGGUGUUAUCAGAUGACCACUGUACUUUAAUUUUAACUUACUUUAACACCGCUGGUGAUACU